AUGAAGUCUGUAUUGGUCGUCCUCGCUACCAUUCCCGCACUGGCAAUGACAGCUGCCACACCCACAGAGCCAUACGGUGAUUUGGCUAACGAGCCAGGGUUCCACCUAAACAAAAAGCAGGAACUUACAACUGGUCUCAGAUGCGAUCUUAACACAGAGAGAAAACUUAGGAACGUUCCCUGUGACGCUGUUCCAACCUCAGGUACAAGAGCCAGUGGGCAACACCUCAUGCUUGUUUGCACAGUUAAUAUUGAUGGCACGAACUGGUAUAAGACUGCAAACAAUGAAUGGGUCCGCAGACUGGAAGUCCUCCCCAUCAAGUGCAAACCUCUGCCACCCUGCGAUAUCUAA